AUGUCCGAUCAUAAUCCCCAACGUGGCGAUCAUCUUUACGCUUGGCGUAAGAUUCGUUUGUAUCAACACCAUGGGAUUGUUGUUACAAAAGAAGAUCUUGAAAAAUAUCUUCCUUCGAAACUAAUGCCCAAAAAAGUUGAUCCAUUGAUGGUCAUCGAACAGAAUCUUCAAGGAUUACGAAUUGUUACAUUAGGAGAAUUUCGUCUAGAACAUCCAUUCAACUAUGAACAUCGAAUCGGUUGUGCUCGGUAUGGUAUUGAUGUGAUGGAAUAUUACGUCAAUCGACGUGGAACAUGUUAUUUAACUAAACGCUUAAGUGAAGAUCAAGUCGUGAAAAAUGCUAUUCGAAUUUAUAGUGAUGAAAAGCAACGAGAUAUGUGGAAAACGUAUAGUCUCGUGUUGAAAAAUUGUGAACAGUUUGCGUUUAUGUGUUCGACGAAUCUGGAACAUGUUUUAGGUGAACAGGUUUUAAUGGGUUGUAAUAUCGUUCGAUCGAUUUUUGUCAAUGGAAUGUACAGUGCUGUUGAAUGUAUUUUUCAUAUUGUAGAAUUACUUGCAAAACAAAUGAUUCGUGGAGUACCGAUCAAUAUCAUUAUCAAAGAAAAUGCCUUAGCUGCGUUGACAGCGAGUGUAUUGGAAACGUUGUUAUUAUCGGUUCGUUUGUUUGUUUAUUACUAUUAUAAAGAAAAGCGAACGGAAAAUUUAGCACGGAAAUACGCAAUUACUCCUCAUGAUUAUAUUCAACAGAUGAUUCAAGCUGGUCUCGGAAAUUUAUCAGCGUUUGGUUUAUCAAUUGCCGGAAUGGUGGUUAAAUCAUCCGUGUUCGUCAGUGCUAUGUCACCAACUGCUUUCUCGAUUUUCUUUGGUUUUAUUGGAUAUCUUGCCGCGAGAUGGAUUACUGGGUUGAUUGCAUUGAAAAUCCGACGUAUCAAAGCAUCCAAUAUUCUUAAUGGAAAUCCAACAUUUUCCAAAGAACCAUUUAGGACUUUGGUUGAUAAUAGAUUAUUAAAAGUAGAAAGUGCCGAACAAUUGUAUAAAUUUGCUUUAGAAGGACAAAAAUUAAUGAAAAGUAGAUAUACGAUUAUGCUUCACGAAUUUCAACGAGAUCAUCACAUCGAUCGAGUCAAUACUUGCCAACAUUCAAAUAUCUUAUUUCACAAACAACUAUCUGAACCAUAA